AUGGCCAACUUGGCUCACGAUCUCUUCGACGCUGCCCCGGAGCCGGAGACACCCACACCUAAGCAGGACCGCCGAGUGAAGUUGUACCCCUGGGACAGCGUGGCCGCGCAGCUUUUGGAGCCAUUCGGCGAAAGUGCUCUUGACACACUCUCCCUCCAGCAGCUAUGGAAGGCGGCCAGCGAGGGGAAUAAGAAGGCUGCCUACCACUCGCACCUGUGCGCCGACAAAGCCACUGACAUGUGGCACGUUGGUGCCGGUGUCUCCCUCACGGCUGCCGCGCUGCAGGCCGCCAUAAAAAACUUGGAGUCGGAGAACAUGCAACGCUUGCUUCGGGAGGACCUUUACCAAAAGAUCAUGGCAGAAGUCGCCGACUUGAAACCCAUCCUUGAGAAGUUGAACAUCGGCAAAGGUUCCCAGAAGCAUGACGCCAGUGGAACCAGCAUGCGCGAAGCCAAGCGACAGAAAACAGGCACCAGCACAGUCCACGCCUUCACUGAGGAAGAGGUUGUUGCCGCAGCCGCCAAAUUUCACGCGUGGCUCAGUCAGGAGAAGUCAGCACUUCGCGGGGCGUUGUUCGUCUUGUCCGGCAACAACUCUUACUACGCCGCGCACACUGCAGAGUUUGUCGCUCGUGCCUGCAUCCAGUACAAGCCUCUGAGUGCUGCCGAAAUGACUGCUUGCAUGAGAGCGCGUCUCUCCAAGCCCGCCGAGUCGCAAGAGAGCAAGCGCCCAGGACAACUGCCUUUGAGCGGCUUGGUGAAUCUGGGAAACAGUUGCUUCAUCAACGCCUCCAUCCAGGCCGUUCUCGCGAUCCCGACGGUGGUGCGUGCUCUAAGCGCCCAACAACAAAGCUCUCUGGAGGAGGAGCUCCACAAGCUACUGCGACGGAUGCAGACGGGCUGCGAGCAGACGCCGCGGGCGAUCACGGACCUCUAUUACGUGGGUCGCCAAGAGGACGCUGCCGAGUUCCUCGUGGACUUUGUCGAUAA